GCCCAGCGCUGAAGGCGGUGGCGCGACGCCUUUGUGGAAGCCGGAGCCCACCGGGAGGAAGUUCCGGUCUCCGGGACGCUGGGUCCGUGGCGGCCGCUGAGGAGGAGGAGGAGCGGGCCGCGGGGGCUACGCUGCCUUGGAAACCCUUAUAAAUCCAUGAAGACCUUUCAGUAGCUACAAGAAAAGUCCUGGAGAUAAGUUCUCAGCUUCAUUUAGGUUACAUGCCUGUCUUCAAAGCAAUCACUGGUACUACCCUGCUAGAGUUUGGUAGGAAAAAUAUCUACUUACUGAAGCUUUCUUGACAUAGAAAGAGAUGUGGGGGGAUUCUCGAUCUGCUAACAGAACAGGACCUUUUCGGACUGGGUGAAAGCUUUUUCUGCAGCAGUCAUGUUGAAAACCUUGUGUUGACUUACCUCGUGUUCUGAAAUGGGAGCAUAAAAGUUUACUCGGACACCUCAUCUUAAAAUAGCAAAACUUGCUGUUUUCUGCAGAUCUAGGACCUUGUUACAGAACUCUGCCCCCAAAAAUAUGUUUACAGAAGAAUAUGCUGUGAUUAGAGAAGAAUGUGCUGGUGUGUAGAUUUCAAACUCUGGACAAUAUGAAUAACCCUGUCUUUGUUUCUACAGUGGGAGCCAAGAAGAAAGGUUUGCUCCCGGGUGGAACAGGGACUAUCCUCCUCCUCCCCUUAAGAGCCAUGCUCAAGAGAGACACCCGGGCAACUUUCCUGGCAGAGAUUCACUUCCCUUUGAUUUCCAGGGGCAUUCAGGACCUCCCUUUGCAAAUGUAGAGGAGCAUUCUUUCAGCUAUGGAGCUAGAGAUGGACCACACGCUGACUAUCAAGGAGGGGAGGGGCCUGGACACGAUUUCAGAGGGGGAGAUUUUUCAUCUUCGGAUUUCCAGAGCAGAGAUUCAGCACAGUUGGACUUCAGGAAUAGGGACAUACAUUCUGGGGAUUUUCGGGAUAGAGAAGGACCACCUAUGGACUACAGGGGUGGAGAUGGUGCUCCUAUAGAUUAUAGAGGUAGGGAGACACCUCAUAUAAAUUACAGAGACAGGGACUCUCAUACUGCUGACUUCAGAAGUAGAGAUGCUCCUCCAUCUGACUUUAGGGGGCGGGGCGCUUAUGAUUUAGAUUUUAGAGGCCGAGAUGGAUCCCAUGCAGAUUUUAGGGGAAGAGAUUUAUCAGAUUUGGAUUUUAGAUCCAGAGAUCAGUCUCGUUCUGAUUUUAGGAACAGGGAAGUAUCUGACUUGGACUUCAGGGAUAAAGAUGGAGCACAGGUGGACUUCAGAGGCCGAGGUUCGGCUACUACUGACUUAGACUUUAGGAACAGGGAUGCGCCACACUCAGACUUCAGAGGUAGACAUCGUUCUAGGACUUACCAAGAUUUUAGGGGCAGAGAGGUAGGACCUUGUAUGGAAUUUAAAGAUAGAGAAAUGCCUCCUGUGGAUCCAAAAGUUUUGGAUUACAUUCAGCCUCCUGCACAAGAGAGAGAACAUUCUGGUAUGAAUAUGAACAAGAGAGAAGAAUCCACACAUGACCAUACAGUAGAAAGACCCGCUUUUGGUGUUCAGAAGGGAGAAUUUGAGCAUUCAGAAACAAGAGAAGGAGAAACACAAAGUGGAACUUUUGAACAUGAAUCUCAAUCAGACUUUCAAAACAGCCAAAGUCCAGUGCAAGACCAAGAUAAGCCAAAGCUUUCUGCAGGUGAACAACAGAGUUCAGAUGCUGGUCUGUUUAAAGAAGAAGGUGAUUUGGACUUUCUUGGCCGACAAGACACAGAUUACAGAAGCAUGGAGUACUGUGAUGUGGAUCACAGGUUGCCAGGAAGCCAGAUUUUUGGCUAUGGCCAGAGCAAGUCUUUUCCUCAGGGCAAAAUGUCCAGAGAUGCCCAACAAGACCUUCAGGAUCAAGAUUAUAGGACUGGCCCAAGUGAGGAGAAACCUAACAGGCUUAUUCGAUUAAAUGGGGUGCCAGAAAAUGCCACAAAAGAAGAGAUUCUUAACGCCUUUCGGACGUCUGAUGGCUUACCUGUAAAGGAGUUGCAGUUGAAGGAGUAUAACACAGGUUACGACUAUGGCUAUGUCUGCGUGGAAUUUUCACUCUUGGAAGAUGCCAUCGGAUGCAUGGAGGCCAACCAGGGAACUCUAAUGAUCCAUGACAAAGAAGUCACUCUUGAAUAUGUACCAAGUCCAGAUUUUUGGUACUGCAAAAGAUGUAAGGCCAGCACUGGUGGGCAUCAGUCUUGUUGUUCAUACUGUAAGGGCCCAAAGGAAGAAGUCAAGCAAGAACUAGUAUCCUAUCCUCAACCUCAGAAAACAUCCAUUCCAGUACCCUCAGAAAAACAGCCCAACCAGCCACGACCUGUUGAUAAGGAGCAUGAACUCAGGAAGCGGGAGGAAGGCCAAGAGUCGAGAUUGGGACAUCAGAAGAGAGAGACAGAAAGAUACUUCCCUCACUCUCGAAGGGAAGGACUCACUUUCCGAAGAGACCGAGAAAAGGAGUCAUGGUCUGGAGAGACUCGCCAGGAUGGAGAGAGCAAAACAAUUAUGCUAAAACGUAUCUAUCGUUCUACUCCACCCGAAGUGAUAGUUGAAGUGCUGGAGCCCUACGUGCAUCUCACUACUGCCAAUGUCCGUAUCAUCAAGAACAGAACUGGCCCUAUGGGUCACACUUAUGGUUUUAUAGACCUCGACUCACAUGCAGAAGCUCUUCGAGUAGUGAAGAUUUUGCAGAACCUCGAUCCACCGUUUAGCAUUGAUGGGAAGAUGGUAGCUGUAAACUUGGCCACUGGAAAACGAAGAAAUGAUUCCGGGGACCACUCUGACCACAUGCAUUAUUAUCAGGGUAAAAAAUAUUUCCGAGAUAGAAGAGGAGGAAAUAGAAAUUCAGAUUGGUCCUCAGAUACAAAUCGACAAGGGCAGCAGUCAUCAUCUGACUGCUACAUAUAUGAUUCUGCUACUGGCUACUAUUAUGACCCCUUGGCAGGAACUUACUAUGACCCCAACACCCAGCAAGAAGUCUAUGUGCCCCAGGACCCUGAGUCACCUGAGGAAGAAGAGAUCAAGGAAAAGAAAUCUACCAGUCAAGGAAAGUCAAAUAGCAAGAAGGAAACAUCUAAAAGAGAUGGCAAGGAGAAAAAAGACAGAGGAGUGACAAAGUUUCAAGAAAGUACCAGUGAGGGGAAGCCUCCCCCAGAAGAUGUUUUUAAGAAGCCCCUGCCUCCUACUGUGAAAAAGGAAGAGAGUCCUCCUCCUCCUAAGGUGGUAAAUCCAUUAAUUGGUCUCCUGGGUGAAUAUGGAGGAGACAGUGACUAUGAGGAAGAAGAGGAAGAGGAGCAGGCCCCUCCUGUGCAGCCUCGAGCAGCACAGCCUCAGCCUCGAGAGGAGCUGACCAAGAAAGAGAAUGAAGAAGACAAACUCACAGACUGGAAUAAACUGGCUUGUCUGCUCUGCAGAAGGCAGUUUCCCAAUAAAGAAGUUCUUACAAAGCAUCAGCAACUCUCAGACCUGCACAAGCAAAACCUGGAAAUUCACCGGAAAAUAAAACAAUCAGAGCAAGAGCUAGCCUAUCUGGAGAGGAGAGAACGGGAGGGAAGGUUUAAAGAAAAAGGAAGUGACCGAAGGGAAAAACUACAGUCUUUUGAUUCUCCAGAAAGGAAACGGAUUAAAUACUCCAGGGAAACAGACAGUGAUCGAAACCCUGUUGAUAAAGAAGACACUGACACUAGUAGCAAAGGAGGCUGCACCCAGCAGGCUACUGGCUGGAGGAAAGGGGCAGGCCUGGGAUAUAGCCAUCCUGGAUUGGGUUCAUCAGAGGAGAUUGAAGGGCGGAUGAGGGGGUCUGGGGGUGCCCCAGGAAGAACCAGCAAGAGACAGUCUAAUGAAACUUACAGAGAUGCUGUUCGAAGAGUUAUGUUUGCUCGAUACAAAGAACUCGAUUAAGAGUGGAAAUACCCCACAGGAUACAAUUUCCUCUUUGUUUUGUUUGUCCAUCUCUCCUUUUGUUUUGUUACUGUUCUUGCUGCUAGAACUUUUUUAAAUAAACUUUUUUCAAUGUGAAUAAAUUUUGUUAACAUUUUUUUUCCCACAAUGGAUAGAGAAUAGAGCUUGAUGUUAUGAAGAAAAAAAUGGUUUGGCAUUUAAGAGCACUGACUGCGGGGUUGGGGAUUUAGCUCAGUGGUAGAGCGCUUGCCUAGGAAGCGCAAGGCCCUGGGUUCGGUCCCCAGCUCCGAAAAAGAACCAAAAAAAAAAAAAGAGCACUGACUGCUCUUCCAAAGGUCCUGAGUUCAAUUUCCAUCUACCAUAUGGUGGCUUACAACCAUCUGUAAUGGGAUCUGAUGCCCUUUUCUGGUGUGUCUGGAGAAAGCAAAAGUGUACUCAUAUAUAAAUAAAUCCUUAAAAUCAAAACAAAACAAAAAGAAAAAAUGCUGCCAUAGAAAAUGUGGGCAUAUCUGAGUUAAUGCUGAAAUGGUCAACUAGUGCUACAGUAAGCAGGGAACAGUGCCGAUCUGUUAGAGUACGGGAGUAACAUACUUAAUGAUCCUGAUCUCAUCAGUGAGAAGAGCCUCUGUCGUUUUAGUAACUGCUGAGGUAUAACACAUUUCCAUAUGUAGGUUUACCAAUUAAACAUUUAGAAGCUCUUUGACCACCCCAAGGCUGUAGGGGAAAACAAUGUCCUACAACUGUCUUCAAAGGAAAAACAUCUUUCACUUCAUUUUUUGGAGCAGAAGUUCCAAUACUGGGACAAAGCAGUUUCAUUUUUAUAUUUUGCCAGGUAAUCAGAGAAGUCAUUGGUUUGUUGGUUGCUUGGUUGUGUGCUUGGUUUUAACAGACACAUGAAGGUUAUUUCACUGGAUCAGGGGAUCUUUUGAAAGAACUUUACUCUGUAACUCAGCCUAGCCCCAAGUUCUUCAUCUUCCUUCUAUCUCCUCUUUUCUGGGAGCUGAGAUUACAGGCAUUUACCAAAUUCCCUGACUACUUUUAUUUUGUUUUAAUAUUCAUCUUAUGUAUAUUUGUGUUGUGGGGGAACCAUACUCGAACCAGUGUAUGUAGAAGUCAGAGGACAACUUGUAGUCAGAUUAGAAACCCAGAUUAUCAAACCAGAUGGUCAUGGCACAUGGUUUUAACCCAGUACUCAGGAAGCAGAAGCAGGCAGAUCUUUGAGUUUGAGGCCAGUCAACAGAAUGAGUUCCGGGAUAGCCAUGAUAUAUAGAAAUCCUCUUUUGGGGAAAAAUAAAAAGGAAGAAAAGUCUCAGAUUAUCAAGAUUGGUGACAAGUACUUUUUAACCAAAUGAACCAUUUCACUGGUCCAAACUUUUUUCUUUCUGAUUAGUAAGAUUUACUACUUUUAUUUGUCUCUGUGUGUAGGUGGAUGCAUUUAGGGCCAGAAGAAGAUGUGGGAUCCUUGGAGCUGGUGUUAAAGGCUGUGCUCCCUGAUAUGAGUGCUGGAAACCAAAUUAGGAUUCUCUGCUAGAACAGCAAGCACUCUAAACUGCUAAGCCAUCUCUAGCUCUCUGAACCAACUUUUAAAUUUUUUAAAAUGGAAGACAAAAAGACUAUUUUAUUAAAACUUUGUUCAACAAUACAUUUGCUUAUUUUAUUUGUGUUGCUUAAUUUAAAACAAAACAAUUUCCAUUGUCUUUGGUACAUCAACUACCAGAUAGCCUGGGGGAUAUAAUUGUUCUGCUCAUCACAAUGACUCAAACCAGAGACACAGGCUAUUGAGAGGAUGACAUUCAUCCCUGGAUGGAAUCUGUCCCCGGUUAGGAGAGUAGCUUUUGAGCUUAAAUUGAAUUGGCAUCUGAGCAUGGUGGCUUACUUUUAAUCCCAGCAACCAGUGAGCUCUGAAUGUCACCCUGGCUUUCCUGGAACUCACUUUGUAGACCAGGCUGGUCUUGAACUCAGAGAUCCAUCUGCCUUGGGAUUAAAGGCAUGGGUCAUCACACCCAGCUACAAGAGCUUUCUAUGAUCUGCAGAUAAAUGUAUGUUUUCGGAAGUUAAAUGUGUUACAUAUAUACUUGACCAGAAUUGGGCAUAUAUCUUUACAUGUAUACAAUACAUAAAGUAAGAAUACAAAGAUAUGAGAGAAAGAUGUUGGGUAUGUGUCCUUGAAAGAAACAGCCAUGUUUUCAGGCAUUUCCAGCCAGUUUCAGUCACCCUAAUUCCAGCACACCUUUAAUCCCAUGACACAUUCCUUCCUAAUCCCAGCUUGCCUGAGGUGAAGGCUAGAGGAUAAGCAACAGUCCCACAUUAAGAUGUUGGUCUGGUCUACAUUGUGAACUCCAGGCUAGCCAAUACUAUAGAGACCCCUUUUAAAGAAAAUAAAAGGGAGGGGAGGGAAGGACAAUAAAAACAAAAUGUGAAAAGAACAUCUCCCUAAUUAUUACAUAUGCAGAGGGCAAGUUAUGGUAACUGGAUAAGAAUAUCUCCACAAAGAAAACAGUGGAAAAAAAAACCUAGGAUUUUUUAUGUUUUGUUGGAUUUUUUUUUUUAAUGGAUGAUGGGCUGGUGAUUUGGCUAGAAUUUGGGUUGUUUUACAUUUAAUUUUUGGUAUAUGUGAAUACACACGUCCAUGUCUCCCACAUCAGACUACUCUCAUGAGUGGUUCUCUCCAUCAUCUGGACUGCAGGGAUGGAAUUCAGGUUCUUAGGCUUGACAGUAAGCCUUACAUGAUGAGCCAUCUCAGGGACUCGCGGCUUGGUUUUUGUUGUUUUGUUCUGCUUGUGGCAGGGUCUCACAACAAAAUAUCCCUAUUGUUCUGGAGUUCACAUUCUAGCUGCUGUCAUGGCUUCUGAAAACAACCUAGUUCAGUUUCCAGUUUAUCAAAUUAUUAGCUCUGUAUGUUUGUAAAACUAGACAUUAAUGACUUGCCCUAGGAGACAGAAUAAAGUUGUCCAAAAUGGCUUCAAAACCAUGGCAAUCCUUCUGCUUCGUUAUCUGGAAUGCAGUUACAGGUGUACAUCCCCACGGUGAUUUAAAGGAUAUUUGUGAAGACCCCCUACACGAAGUCUAACCUAGCCUCUGGGAAGGCAAUCAGUAGUACGCCUUCUCUACAAACUGGAUUAUACACUUUACACUGUGUCAAACGCUAGUAGAGUUCACAUCCGGGUUCUCAGAGGCUGAAUGGCAGCUUUGUCAUGGAGCAGAUGAAACACGCAAAAAAAAUUAAAGCAGGGUCCAGUGACAGGCUGCCUGGGCGACCACAUUUCCCGGCAGCCCUCGCGCAGACGGGCACCUUCGCUGAUUGGAUGCCUCUGAAGAGGCGGGUGGGGUGGGGGUGGGGAGAGUCGGCGCGCGAGGUACUGUGGGUAGGAGAAGACGGUCGGUGGAGACGCCAUUUUGUGCAGCGGCCGAACCUUGUUCUAGGUUCUGAGACGCAGAGCCGCUACUCCUUCUGCUUUGUUCCCUCUGUGGGGGUGAGUGCGGCGGCCGUCCAUUACGCCCCAGUGAUUUUGCCAUUGGUGCUGUCCCUUGAGUCUGCCUGUCAGCCGCCAGAGGUGACUGCUCAGCCGCGUCUUUGAAGGGACUAAAACUAAGCUAGCGUUUGAGGGCCGCGCCCCUCCUCGCCUCUGGUUCUGCCGGCUUUCAUAGGUCGCCCACUAACCCAGUCCUCGGCCCGCCUCUUUCGAGUUGUUUGUCUCUUGCUGGGACGUUGUCCCGAAUCCCCUGUCCUGCGGAGCUGUGGCGAUCCAGUCCUUCGGACACCCCUCGGAAGCGCCUGGCAAUCUCUUAAGCCAUCAUCGCCCUGCGUCUGCAACUGAAUCUCGCUCUGCGAAAGGUGG